AAUGUUGCUGUCUCACCGUCAAGACGAAAUUUUGCUCGUGCUCGCGGUAUAUUUUACCCAUAGAAAAUAUAUAUAUUUGUAACGCCGUGUGUGUGUUUUUUUUUUUGUGCGGUGUGCCUGGGCCAAAAAUUAUAAUCGCACGCUUAAGUAAUUACAUUUAUAAUAAGAAUAAUAGCUCCCCCUCUUAGCGAACAGAAGAAUUUUCAAUCCGGUGCAAAAGUAGCAGCUGAAGAAGAAGCAGCAGUCGCAGCAGCAGCAGCAAACUUCGAAGAUGCCUUCCAGCGAACCACUGCCGCCCAAGGAGGCUGCGCUCUUCCGUAAAUUACUGAAAUGCUACGAAAUGAAGCAGUACAAAAACGGCCUCAAGCUGGCCAAGCAGAUACUCUCAAAUCCCAAGUUUACGGAACACGGCGAGACUCUGGCCAUGAAGGGGCUAACGCUGAACGGAUUGGGUCGUCGUGACGAGGCCUACAAGUAUGUGCGCCUGGGUCUGCGCAACGAUUUGCGCUCCCAUGUCUGCUGGCAUGUGUAUGGCCUGCUGCAGCGCAGCGACAAAAAGUAUGAUGAAGCGAUUAAGUGCUAUCGUAAUGCGUUGAAAUGGGAGAAGGAUAAUCUGCAGAUAUUGAAGGAUCUGUCGCUGUUGCAAAUACAGAUGCGCGACCUUGAGGGCUACAAGGAGACACGCCAUCAUCUGUUCGCGCUCCGACCCUCGCAGCAUGCCUCUUGGAUUGGCUUCGCCAUGAGCUAUCAUCUGCUGGGCGACCACGAGAUGGCCAACAACAUUCUCGAGACGUUUAGCCAGUCGCAGACGUCAAUUGAGCCCCAUGACUAUCGCCAUUCGGAGCUGUUGCUGUACCAGAACCAGAUACUCAUCGAAUCGUCGCAUCUGCAGCAGGCUCUCGUUCAUCUGCUCAAGUACGAGCCGCUAAUUGUCGACAAACUGGCUGUGCGCGAAACUCUUGGCGAUUUGUAUAUUAAGCUGAAUCUGCACGAGAUGGGAGUGCCAAUUUUUGAGUCACUCAUCCGUCGCAAUCCGGAGAAUGUGCUCUACUAUGAGCAAUAUAUGGUUGCGCGUCGUGUCAGCAGUUCCAGCGAUAUUGUCUCCGUGUAUCGUGAGUUCCAGGCGGAAUAUCCUCAAGCCCUCUGCCCACGUCGCCUGCCCCUGAAUAUUGCCAACGGCGACGAGUUUCGUGUGGUUGCCGAUGAGUAUUUGCGCCGUGGCCUACGCAAGGGUGUACCGCCGCUGUUUGUUAAUGUGCGUACACUGCAUCAGGAGGCGGACAAGGCGGUCGUUAUUGAGUCCUUGACGCUGCAAUACUUUGAGAAUCUGACGCGCUCCGGCCACUUUUCGCGCGAAGACGCCGAUGCCGGUGUGCCCGUCGAACCGGCCUCGGCGUUGGUCUGGACGGCGCUAUUUCUGGCGCAGCACUAUGAUUAUAUGCGUGACACAGACCGUGCCUUGGAGUAUAUUAAUGCGGCCAUCGAUCAUACGCCAACGCUGAUUGAGCUCCUCAUCACGAAGGGUCGCAUUUUCAAGCAUGCCGGUGAUCCGGUCGAGGCGUACGUUUGCCUCGAGGAGGCACAGAGCAUGGACACUGCGGAUCGCUAUAUCAACUCGAAGUGCGCCAAGUAUAUGCUGCGUGCGGAUAUGGUGAUUGAAGCGGAGGAGGUAUGCGCCAAGUUUACGCGCGAGGGCGUCUCACCCAUGGACAAUCUGAAUGAGAUGCAAUGCAUGUGGUUCCAAACGGAAUGCGCUAUGGCCUUUCAGCGAACGGGCCGAUGGGGCGAUGCGCUAAAGAAGUGCCACGAGGUGGAUCGUCAUUUUGCUGAGAUCAUUGAGGAUCAGUUCGAUUUUCACACGUAUUGCAUGCGCAAGAUGACGCUGCGCGCGUAUGUGGGUCUAUUGCGUCUUGAGGAUGUGCUGCGUCGUCAUCCGUUCUACUUCAAGGCGGCCAAGUGCGCCAUCGAGCUCUACAUACACUUGUACGACAAGCCCCUCAAAUCAGAGACAACGAUUGAGGAAAUUGAUAUCGAGAACCUGCCGCCAUCGGAGCUGAAGAAGCUGCGCAGUAAACAGCGCAAGGCCAAGAAGAAAGCCGAGUUGGAGAGCGCACAGGCAGCACAGGCGCAGGUGAAGCGUGAACAGCAUCAGAAAUCGAAGCAGCAGGCCAAUCAGGAAUCCGAUCCCGAUGCCCCACAACUGGAUGAGCUAAUACCGGAGAAACUGGAGCGGACCGAUGAGCCGCUGGAGAAGGCCAUUGAGUUUCUAAAGCCGCUACAGCAAUUAGCCAAAGAGAACAGUGCGACGCAUUUACUGGCCUUCGAGGUUUACAAUCGGAAGAAUAAGUUAUUGCUAAUGCUGCAAUCGAUACAGCGUGCGCGGGCCUUGAAUCCGGCGCAUCCGGUGCUACACAGCUGUAUUAUACGCUUCAUGAAGGCGCUGGCCAGUGCCCAAAAGCAGCAGCCGUUCAACGUGCACGUGCAAAAGGUGCUGGAUAAGGCCACCAAAGAACUGAUAGGCACCAAAACGCCACAGCAGCUGAACGAUGAAUUCAUUGCCAAGCAUCAUGCUUCUUCCAUAUUGCAUUUAUACGAAGGCGCACGUGGCCUUUACGAGCUGGAUCCCAGCAAAAAGGACGCAGCCAUCAAGCUCAUCACCGGCUUUAAUCUGAGCAAGCUGCGAUUAGAGGAGGCAAUCAAGAUCUACACGGCGUUGCGCGACGGCGAUGUUUUUGGUGACUGCGAGAAGGAGGCGGAGGAAUAUAAGCUGAAGUGUCAGCAACGCUUCCAAUACGCUCGCAUCUUUCGCAAUAUCGAGGAGUUGGAGGCACAGCUGCAGGAGAAGGAAGCAGCCAAGCUGCGUGCCGAGGAGGAGCAACAGCAGCUCAAUCAUCUCGAUUCGCAUGAGACGUCAGCGCCGUCGGCGCCAGUGUCGGUUAUGGCAGCGUCUUAGAAGCGACCAAGCAAACAAGACUGCCACACCAACAACAACCACAACAACAACUGUAACAACAACUGCAACAAUCCUUACAACACCAACAGCAACCAGAAGAACAGCAAUAAGCUUAUCUCUUUAAAGAACAACACCAACAACAACAACAAACAUAAAUAAAAAGAAACACUAUUAACAACAACAACAACAACAAUCAGAAGAAAACAAUGACAAAGAAGAGAGUUGGUUGAAUCAUCCUUAUGAUUCCUUUUGGAGGUGUCUCCAGAGGAGCGUAAUUCGGUUUAAACCAUCAAUCAUCAUUAUCAUUAUACACACACACACACACACGUACAGACAUACAGGCAUAUAUAUACACACACACACUGAACAAUCUUACGAUUGUCAAAUAGAAAAUAGCGCAGAAUUGGUUUGUGCAAGCGAGACGGCAUUGUGACAGAGACAACAAAACCACACAAUCAGCAUACAUGUAUACACACACACACACACACACACACGCAUACAUACUUUUAUGUAUAGUUAGCAGAACAAACAGAAACAGGAAGGAAACAUAAAAGCUUAAAAAAAAUAAUAAUAAAAAAAAAACGAAACAAACUUGUUAUAGAACUUUUUACAUUUUAUAAACUAUAAAAUUUUCAGUUUUCUUUUUUUUUUUUGCUUUUUUUUUACACUAACAAGCGAAAUGUAUAUACAUAUAUAUAACGAUUUAUAAUUAUAUUCAAAAAAUG